AUGACCGUACUCGCCCGGUCUUCAGAAUGGACUGGCCGCGACCCCGAAUUGAUGCACCAUUAUUCUCUCUACACAUCUAGGUCUAUUGCAAGGCGGCCGGAGAUGCAACAAGUAUGGCAGGUGGAAAUCCCCAAGACUGCAUACUCAUACGAGUUUUUGAUGCAUGGAAUCCUCGCCCUAUCAGCACUUCAUAUCGCCUGUAGCUGUCCUGAAAGAUACAGCAGCUAUCUGAAAAGCUCCAGGUACCAUAUUACUCUCGCUUUACGCUCCUUUCGAAGGGCUCUUCUCUCACCAACAGCCGAGAAUUGUUGCGCACUGUUUGCCUCUUCGAGUAUAAUCAUGGUGUACACCUUCGCAACCCCCGCGGAGCCAGACGGCGCUGGUACGUGGGUGAUCUUAGAGUCGGUUAUAGAACUCUUUAAACUCUGUCGAGGUAUUUUGGCACUCAAGGGCUUUAUAACUGAGAUCCGAAACAGCCCCCUUCGGCCACUGCUUCGGCAAGACUUCGAAGUAUCAGUCUCUAUCGCGAAGGGGAAUCCAAACAAACUAUUCGUGGGGAUAGAGAACGAACUCCACCAACUCAGUUCCUUCCUUGAUGCGGAGCUCUUAGAAUCCCAUCAGAGAUUCUCAUGCGGUCAUGCACUGGAGCAACUUGAUUAUUCAUUCAAGUGUAUUCAAAAUGCCGAGUUGCCCUUGGAGUGUGGAAUGAUCUUCAUUUGGCCAAUCUCUGUCAAGGAAGAAUUUAUAUAUCUUGUCGAAGAGAUGAACGUGGGAGCCCUUGUAUUGAUGGCCUAUUACUGCGCCCAGCUCUGUAUAUUUGAAGAUUACUGGUUUGUCGGAGAAAGGGCACAAUCGCUCUUUUCGGAAAUCUCAACUGCAUUACCUGAACGGCUAUGGAAAUGGCUGGCCUGGCCAAAGAGCGUCAUAUAUAGCCCUCGCCACAUUUCGGGUUCUGGUCCAACAACAGGACCCGUACCCACAGGUUGGAUCUGA